AUGUCUUCCACCACCACCUCCGCCACUAUCCCGCCACCAGGCACCCAGACCUUCCCGUCCACCACCACCCUCGCCACGCGCGCUCUCCUCGACGACGACGACCAAGACAAGACGGCGAAGCAGACCUCCCACGACGCAACCCAAGGCUCCUACGCCCACGCCGCCGCCACUGCAGGCCAGUCCUUACCGGGCAAUCCCACCACCGGCGCCGUACCCAUCACCAGCACCACUCCCGACGACGCCCAUCAUCAAAAUCAACAGAAACCCCAGCAGGAAAAACCGUCAUCGUUCACGCCCGGCCUCGCCCGCCAACAGAGCUGGAGCAUGCAGGAACUCAAACGCGAGACGCUGAUCCGAGAUGUCCUAGCGGCGGCGCCGACCAUACAUCAUCAGGGACAGAACUAUAGCUCGACGGCAGGGCCGUAG